AUGUCUUAAUCCAAAUAAUUUGCUCUUAAGAGAAUCACAAAAGAUUAUAAGGAAAUACAAUAAAAUCCAGUAAACGGAGUUGGUAUUUGCUAAUUAGACCCAAAUGACCCAUUCUAAUUCUUAGUAAAUAUCAAAGUCGUGAGUGGAGGAUACAAGGAUCUUCUUUUUCAUAUACUGUUAAUCCUACCUGAGCAGUAUCCAUGUAAACCUCCUAGAAUGCUAAUACUUCCUGGACAACCUUACGAUCAUAGCUUCCAUCAUCAUAUAUACCCUGAAAAUGAUGGCUAUUUCAAGUUUUGCAUCGACCUUCUUGAUAAAGCUAUUAUGAAUUCAAGUGCAAUAGGAAGUGGCUGGAGUCCAGGUUAUACAUUUUGCACUUUGCUCAUGUAAAUAUAGAACUUUUUAGCUGAUCCUGAUUUUUCUCCUUAAGAAAACAAAAAUGCAUUUGCUAGAGCACCAUAGAUUCUUAAAAAGGUUUAAUCUUACUCUUACACCCAUAAAGUUGGAAAUUAAACCUUUGUUCAUUCAACCUCGAAGCCAUACCCACCACUCUAGAUAGUAGAACAUAAAUAAGCUGACCUAAAAGGCACACUUUUGAACUAAGUAAAGGAGAGAGUUUCCUGUUUUAUUAUGAAGGAAAAUAUCGUAGAAAACCCUACUGGAAUUUAUGGAUAUCCUCUUUUUGUAUAAAGAGAUAAGUUUAAUCGUCUUCAACAAAAGCCAAUUCCAGAAAUUCUUUCUUUGGAAGGAUUCCAAAGCCAAUUAUAGUAGUAUGGAAUUAAUGGCUUUAAUGUCAAUCAUGGAAUUACUUUUAAAACAGGUAUGGGAGAAGCAUACAAUGCUUUUCUUCCAAUCUUUUUGAAUAAGUAGCAUUUCUAGCAAUCUAGACAUAUCCUGAAAGAGUGCUUAGCUGCAAUUUCUAACUCAGAACAUUUAGAGAUGUAAGUUCUAUAAGUUCUUCCUAAUCUUAUCAGUAAGAUGGUUGUAGCUUUACUUAAUGACUCUAUGCACUAAAGUAUUUCUGCUAUCGAAGCUUACGUUCACUUCACCUAACUCUUCCAUUAUCUCGUUGAAGAUAAUCCUUCCAUUGCUAAAGAGGUUGAUUUAAGAGUAAAAGCUAUGAUUCAAAGUGACAAAAGUCGUAGUAAGUAAGAGCUUGGGGAUAUUGGAGAGUUCUUAGUUGUUCUCACUGCAUCACAGUAUGCUUUAACUCCUUCUUUAAUCAACGUUUUAUACAGAGAAUAUUUUGCCCGUUAAAUUUUCUGGAUUCCUAAAAAUUAAGAGCAGUAUGUUGCAUAUUUAAAAUAAUUGAAUAACCCAUUAAGUUUAAAUAAUGUUUUCUAAUCAGCAUUAGUUAGUAAUAAAUUGCUUAUUUUUAAUAUUGAGGCUUCUAAAAAGUUUGCUGAGGAUAAAGAAUACCUGAACAAAUUAGCAAACGAAAGAUAUUCUGUUAUUCCUGAAGAAGAUGCAGUCAAAUUCAUUAAAGAAACUAAUCAAAUGAUUAAAAAUAUUAAUAACCAUGUGAAGUUAAUGGAUUAUUUAGGACUUGGAGAUAUUUAUAAUACAAAUUAAUCUUGUUACAAUCUUUUUAAAAUUGCAAUUUAUGUUUCUAACAAUUAGAGAUACACCAACUUUAAUAUAUCGCUCACUAACGGAAAAGGUACUCCUGAUACCUUACAAAUUUAGGGAGAUUAUACUUAGCCAAUCAUUAAGGUCUCAGAUUUGGUUUUGAAAUCUGAGUACAUUAAGCAAAAAAAGGUUUCUACUGUACAAACUGAAGCCAAAAAUAAUGAAAAUCAAUCUCAAAAAAUAAAAUAACAAAUCAAUAAAACUUAAAUGUAAGAAGAGGAAAAAGUUAACUUGGAUUAAGAGCCAAUGGAAGAAGAAGAACCAGAAGAUGAAUGGCACACUAUUUCUAAUUCAAAAAGUAAAGCAUCUAACACUAACAAAACAGAAUAGUAGACGACAAAUAAGUAAGUUGUAAAACCUGAUUUGAAAGUUUAAAAAUAAACAAAUAAUAGUACUACUUCAAAUAUAGUUAAAUAAAAUAAAUUGGUAAGUAGUUCAAACAAUUAAACAAUAAAAGUUGAAUAAGAAGUGAAAAAAGACAAUAAAAAUGAAGCUGAUGAGUGGAAUGUAGUUCCAGAAAAAAAGAAAAAAAAUUGA